AUUGGCAAUGUAGUUGGAGAGAGGAGAGAGGAAGAAAAAGGUAAUAGGCAUAUCGGCGACGCCAAUGUCAACUUUAAAGAUUUACAGGACGCUACAGACUGGCAUGAAAGAGACCUCAAAGUAUCCAGAGAAGUGAGAGACAGGGAAGGAGAGGGAAAAGAGUACUGCAAUCUUGGCAACGCCUAUUACAGUCUUGAAGAUUGCCACAAAGCCAUAGAGUACCAUGAACGACACCUCAAAAAUUCGAAAGAAGUGGGAGACAGGGCAAGAGAAGGAAACGCGUACUGUAAUCUUGGCAACGCCUAUUUCAGCCUUGGCGAUUUCCAGAAAGCCAUGGAGUACCAUGAACAACACCUCAAACUCUCGAAAGAAGUGGGAGACAGGGAAGGAGAAGGAAAAGCCUACGGUAAUCUUGGUAACGCCUAUGAGAGUCUUGGAGAUUUCCAGAAAGCCAUAGAGUACCAUGAACGAGACCUCAAAAUAUCGAAAGAAGUGGAAGACAGGACAGGAGAAGGAGAAGCGUACUGUAAUCUUGGCAACGCCUAUGAGAGUCUUGGACAUUUCCAGAAAGCCAUAGAGUACCAUGAACGAAGCCUCAAAAUUUCGAAAGAAGUGAGAGACAGGACAGGAGAGGGAACAGCGUACUGUAAUCUUGGCAACGCCUAUUACAGUCUUGGAGAUUUCCAGAAAGCCAUAGAGUACAAUAAACGAGGCCUCAAAAUUUCGAAAGAAGUGGCAGACAGGGCAGGAGAGGGAAGAGCGUACUGUAAUCUUGGCAACGCCUAUGACAGUGUUGGAGAUUUCCAGAAAGCCAUAGAGUACCAUGAACGAGACCUCAAAAUUUCGAAAGAAGUGGGAGACAGGGCAGGAGAAGGAAAAGCGUACGGUAAUCUUGGCAACGCCUAUUUUCGUCUUGGAGAUUUCCAGAAAGCCAUAGACUACCAUGAACGAGAUCUCAAAAUUUCGAAAGAAGUGGGAGACACGGCAGGAGAGGGAGAAGCGUUCGGUAAUCUUGGCAACGCCUAUGACAGUCUAGGAGAUUUCCAGAAAGCCGUAGAGUACCAUCGACGAAGCCUCGGCAUUUCGAAAGAAGUGGGAGACAGGGUAGGAGAGGGAAGAGCGUACUGUAAUCUUGGUAACGCCUUUAGAAAUCUUGGAGAUUUCAAGAAAGCCAUAGAGUACCAUGAACGACACUUCAAAAUUUCGAGAGAAGUGGGAGACAGGGCAGGAGAAGGAAAAGCGUACUGUAAUCUUGGCAACGCCUAUGACAGUCUUGGAGAUUUCCAGAAAGCCAUAGAGUACCAUGAACGAGACCUCAAAAUUUCGAAAGAAGUGGGAGACAGGGCAGGAGAAGGAAGAGCGUACGGUAAUCUUGGCAACACCUAUGACGGUGUUGGAGAUUUCCAGAAAGCCAUAGAGUACCAUAAACGACACCUCAAAAUUUCGAAAGAAGUGGGAGACAGGGUAGGAGAGGGAAGAGCGUACUGUAAUCUUGGUAACGCCUUUAGAAAUCUUGGAGAUUUCCAGAAAGCCAUAGAGUACCAUGAACGACACCUCAAAAUUUCGAAAGAAGUGGGAGACAGGGCAGGAGAAGGAAGAGCGUACGGUAAUCUUGGCAACGCCUAUCACAGUCUUGGAGAUUUCCAGAAAGCCAUAGAGUACCAUGAACGACACCUCAAAAUUUCGAAAGAAGUGGGAGACAGGGCAGGAGAAGGAAAAGCGUACGGUAGUCUUGGCAACGCCUAUCACAGUCUUGGAGAUUUCCAGAAAGCCAUAGAGUACCAUGAACGACACCUCAAAAUUUCGAAAGAAGUGGGAGACAGGGCAGGAGAAGGAAAAGCGUACGGUAAUCUUGGCAACGCCUAUGACAGUGUUAGAGAUUUCCAGAAAGCCAUAGAGUACCAUGAACGAGACCUCAGAAUUUCGAAAAUAGUGGGAAACAGGGCAGGAGAAGGAACAGCGUGCUGUAAUCUUGGCAACGCUUUUAGAAAUGUUGGAGAAUUACAGAAAGCUGUUGACUAUUAUAAAAAGAGUGUUCUUGCCUUUGACCAUAUCAGGGGAAAUCUCAUAUCUAAUGACGAAUGGAAGAUUAGCCUUGUGAGUACGUAUGAUCAUGUUAAUUUGCGGCUAUGGGGGCUUCAGUUUAAGCAAGGUAAAGUCGUCGAGGCACUUCUAACUGCUGAGCAUGGACGUGCACAAGCUUUACGUGAUCGUCUGGAGUUGAUGUAUGGGCUUAAAGGGUUACGUUUAGAAAUAGGAACACUCUCUGCAACAACACCUGACGAUGUUAAUUACCUACCAUCAAAUACAGCUUUUAUAGGUAUCAACGAGGAAGGAAUAUUUUUUUGGGUGAACGAGAAAGGAAAAGGAAUCAAAACUAGAAGAACUCCGAUCGAUAUCUCCGUCACAACGUAUUUUCAGUCUCUGUUGAAAAUUACACAUAAAGAAAUAGGUGUGAGAGCUCAUGUUAAUUGUGUAGAUCACUCAUUGAUGACUGCAUGGAAAGAAAUACAUGUGAGAGCUGAUGUUCACUGUGAAGAUCGCUCAUUAAGGAAACCAAUGGCAUUACAAACAUUGUACAAUGUUGUUAUCGACCCUAUAAGAGACUUACUCCAUAGCGAUGAGGUUGUGAUUGUUCCACAAGGACCUCUGUGUUUGGCGCCUUAUGCUGCUUUCAUGGACUUCAAAUCAAAGUACCUCUGCGAAACGUUUAGAAUUCGUCUGUUUCCCUCACUUUCCAGUCUUCGAUUAAUCCAAAAUUGUCCACCAGAUUGGCACAGCAAGACUGGCGCUCUUCUCGUCGGCGAUCCGUGGGUAGAGGAGGUAACGACGCUAGGGCAGUUAGAGUGGGCCGAAAAAGAAGUGCAGAUGAUUGGGAAAAUCCUUCAAACGGAACCUCUCGUGGGAAAGCAGGCAACAAAAGAUGAAGUUUUGAGACGUAUCUCCUCGGUUGCUUUGGUGCACAUUGCUGCUCACGGUGAAAUGGAAACAGGAGAAAUUGCCUUGGCCCCGAACCCAAGAUGUUCAUCCGUGGAUCCAGCCAAGGAGGACUAUCUCUUAACUAUGAAAGAUGUUUUAGAUGCGCAGAUUAGGGCAAGACUUGUUGUACUUAGUUGCGGUCAUAGUGCUUGCGGAGAGGUCACAUCUGAGGGUGUGGUCGGCAUCGCACGGGCUUUUUUGUGUGCCGGUGCUCGUUCUGUUCUGGCGUCCUUGUGGUGCAUUGACGACGAAGCUACUAUGGAGUUCAUGAAAGUUUUCUACCAACACUUAGUCCAUGGACGAAGUGCCAGUGAGGCCCUGAAUAAAACCAUGAAAUCCAUGAGAGAAUCUGACGACUUUAGCGCAGUGAGGUACUGGGCGCCUUUUGUUCUCAUUGGUGACGACGUAACGCUAGAGUUUGAAGGCAUCAAUUAA